AUGCUCGCUCAGGUGGAGGCGGACAGGAGGAUUAUCGCCGAUUUAGAAUCGCGAUUACCUCGAUGGGAAGGACCAAAGGAGGUCAUUCAUGGUGAUACGGCUCCGGGUGGUAUACCUGGAAGUGGGUGGUUUGGCGAGGGUGCACCACAGUAUGAGCAGAGUGUUGGGGGUCCAGCUUCUUGGCCUGAUGGGAUCAGGAGAGUCGUCCAUGCUUUGUCGGAGUAUAGAGAUAUAAGUGGCCGUCUUUUGGUCGAUACAUUGAAUCAGGUCCCUACUCUGGUCGACAUUCCAUAUCUAUCUUUCAACGCACCCAUAUCAUUUUCUUCCAUCCACACCAAUGCCCAAUCCUCCCGUUAUCGCACCCUCCGAGCGUUCGAUCUCGACAUGGUUCGAUUAUUCGAAAAGUCUCGUCGAUGGUUUCAAGGUAGAACGCAAGAGUAUGGACAUGUGCUAGAACUACAACGACUUUACAACUCUCUCACCGCUCCUUUCCCUAUGAACCUCCCUCCUUCCGGAGUGCCACCUCCAUCCCCUACUCACUUCGCAUCAAUACCGGCGGGGCCAGGUAACGCUAGAUUCACUCAUGAACUAGCCCCCGACGCCAAAUCAUCUAGCGAACCUGUUGGACGUCAUUUCACAACUUUCCGUAUCGGUACCAAGGACCGAGAAUUCACUCAAGAGGCAAGACAUAAAGGUUUGACGUACAAACUUGGUGACUAUGUUCAUGUCAUGAACCCUGAUGAUCCCAGUCGUCCAAUCGUUGGUCAAAUCUUCAAAACUUUUGUACCUACCAAAGGCAAUCGUACUCAUCAUAUCACCAUAUGCUGGUACUUCCGACCGGAACAAACUGUUCAUACGGCAGAUCGAACUUUCCACGAAAAUGAAAUCUUCAAGACUGGUCAUUUCUGUGAUCAUCCCGUCGAAGAUAUCAUCGAGAGAGUAUCAGUAUCAUUCUACGUCAAAUAUAUCAGAGGAAGACCACAAGCUCCUGAAUAUUAUCCAGGUUGGCCAAUAUAUAUUUGUGUAGCUCGAUACAACGAUCAAAAACAAAUGUCUGUGAGGAUUAAGAACUGGGCGAGUUGUAUACCGGAUGAAUUGAGACAAACGGAUUUCAUGACUGUCAUCCCUUUCGCCAGGCAAAUAGAUCCUAUAAAGGUUCCUUCUCCCUUUUUGCGCGGUAUCAAAGGUCCAGGAUUCCUGGGUGACCCUCAGGAAUCCGUCGGUGAUGAAGAUGAUGAUGAAGAUGAGGGGGAGAAUCGGCGUAUGGCUAGGGUAUCGACUCGGGAGGUACAAAAGCCUGAACAACCAGUUGUUCCAAACAUCGGGACUAAUGUCCAGGCAGGACCAUCACGUCCUACCCAAUAUAUCCCAAGCCAACCUGUUCCCACAAGACAAGUUUGGUCUGCAGCUCCUACUCCACCUUCUAACUCUACCAAAUCAUUCGUCAACCUCAUGGGCGGUCCCCAAGUCAUCGACCAUCUGGCAGUGAGAGAAUUGUUACCACCGGAAACUGCCCAAUUGUUUGAACGUGACUCUAGAGGUCAUGUCUUAUGGUUCUCAGGUCCACCACUACCUCUUGGUGCGAUACCAGUGCCCGAACAACCCUCUCACAGUAUAGAAUAUCUGGAAUAUUUAGCAAAACGACGAAGGAGGUACACCGGCAAUGCUGGCUUGUCAAAUGGCCCAGUCAACUCGGGGAACAAAGCGGGGGAUGGGGUGGAGGUGGAGGUAGAAGACCUUACGAAGAUUUGGUGGGCACAGGAUCAGACACCCGGGAAGAUAUUGGACGCUUUGCGGUCUGUUGUUGAUUCCAUAUGA